AUGUCCAUAGGAAAUCCUAGCUACUUGCCAAAAGACAAGCUACAAAGGAGACCAAAUCAACUAUAUUUUUUAUUGGAAAGAUCAGUGCAUCCUUACAAACAGCAAGUCCAUAAUUUAGCCCUGAUGACUGUCAAAAAUAAAACACAGAACAGAAAAAAAAGUCUUAUGAGAUAUUCAACAUUUUAUACUUUAUUUUUAAACAAUCCCAUUUCUGUGCUUUUCAUAACAACCUGACAUACAGCAAUUCAGCCAAUAUAACUAACUCUCAUUUUUCUGCAUUUGUCUCUUAGUCUGGUUGAACAAUGCUAAUUUUAAAAGCAGAGGGCUAGUAAUUUUAACCUACCCUUUGAGCUAGCAUACUGAAAGCAUGGAAUUGCCACUUGUCACCUAUUAAGGCUUGCUCUGAAGACCAUCACAUUCCAGUUCUGUAUUAAAAGGGGGAUAUCUCUUUAGAAAGAGCACUAAUUCAGGGCCAGAAGCAAAGUUUUUAGAUGUCCUUGAGUGAAGGUGAAGGCUAUUGAUCAAUCUCUUUCAAGUUUUAAUUCUUGGGGUUAUGCUGCCAUCUGCUGAUCCAGAGCUACAAGAUGCAAAAAAAAAAAAAAAAAGCUGGCUUUCCUCACUUGCACUACACUACAUUAUGAAAAGCCUUAGCAACCGCCUUUUUUCCUGCCACGUCCUCAUGAGGCUGCCUUCCUCUUGUCCCCAAGCCUUAGCCAUUUAGGUGUGGAGGUAAUGAUUUUCCUUUUAAGCAGAGAAGCCAGGACUGUGGGUAUAACCCAAGACACUUGACUAUCUCUGCAGUUGGUAAGUCAGAUGAUCCACAGAGGAUGAGUCCCUAUUGGCUAAUUUAGACUGCAGCCUGGAACCUAUAGGCUAAUUUGGUCUCCAUCUUGUUUUGCAGGGCCAUUCUGCUUUGGGCCCUGGAAAAAAUAGUGUUCCUUCAAACUCAGUUCCUUCAGUGCGUACCACACUUCUGAACAAGGGCAGUUGUGGGGAUAUCUGGUCAAAGGGGGUGGGUGGCUGCGGCUGUUUCUGGAACAAGCCUCCAUCUGUGGCAUCUGUCUGCUGUUGCUGAUUCCUUUGGGAGAGUCCAUAGCUGGAAGCAAUGGCCAAUAGGAAGGGAGGAUGGUUGUGACAGAAAAUGGGAAGGAAUUCUCAGGGAAAAUGGUUAGUCAGCCUGGUUCCUGGUUCUCAGCAGCUACCUGAGCUGGUUAAUAUUAUUUUAGCUUUUUAAAAAUAAGUUUUUAAACAUAUUAUUUUGAAGUCUUUUUUUUAGUUCAGCGAUAUUUCAAAGUAUCCUGGAAAACAGCUAAUGGUGGUUGGUGGGUGUGUAAAAUUCUCUUUACCACACAAUUCCUCCCUGUACUUGAUACCUCGCUGUUUCCCCGUUUUUCUGCCCCCUCCCCAAGCAGGUAGGAGAAGGGGACAGCCUUUACUACCCCAUAGCAAUAAGGACUGCUCAAUGGAGCAGGGACCAUCUUCUGUUUCAACCAGUGGCCCCUGCCAUCUCAUGGAUCCCCUAUGUUGGAGGACAGCUGAUCAGUGAAUCUGGAGAGCUGCUUCAUACACGUUACAGGAUCCCAUGAACCAGACCUUCUCCAGAGAGGGGGAAAUGGAAGCAGAACCUUUUGCUGGCUCUUUCUAUGACAUCAUACACUGAAGGUUUUAAGAUUCCAACAGAAAAAAGCUCUACAUUAGUUCAAGAAAUGCCUCUUGUUCUGGAAGUCAGUUCAGAGCCUUCUGAAUGUGGCCUCUGCUCGGUCUAGCUCUUUCCUUGCUAGCCCUGCCCGCCUUAUGCGAUGACACGGUGGCCGACGACAUCGGGGCCCACAUGAUGGCUCGCAUCUCGGAGCUCUUGUCCCCGGAGGAAUGCCAGGCCUUCCACCUCAAACUCCUGGGCCCCGAGGAGAACGUGAAAGACGAACUGGAGCGCCUCUCCGAGAAGAACAACCCCAUCGGCCGACGACGAAGACGCCGGGACAUCAUCACCACCGCCCAGUGUCAAGAGACCCUGCAGCGCUGGCUGGAGACGGAGGGCGACACCCUGUACUGGGAUCGCUUGUCCCGGGCGCUCCAGCUAAUCGGCCGCGCCGACGUCUCGCUCGAACUGGGCAAGAACCUCAACCAGGACAAGAACUUGGAGAUCAAGAAGAACGUGGAGGAGUACCACGAGACUGUGAAGCACCUGACCUCCUCGCUGCUCUUGGACGAGAGCCCGGAAGGGAGCGCGCAAGGCCGGCAGCGGCGCGAGGGCCGGGGCUCCGCGGCGCCUCUCGAGCAGGGCGACUGGGACGGCCUGGAGCUGAUCGUCGAGCGGAAAAUGCGGCCGCCUUACAACAGGAGCCUCUUUGAAUGGGCCACGCCUCUGGCGACGGGGGUCCUCAGCGGCUUUCUGACGUCCUUCGUCCUGGUGGCGCUGGCGCUCUACUCUUUCGUCUGGAUCCUGAACGAAGGCAGCCCCAGCUCCGCGCGGUCUACCAACGCCCCUCCUCCGCCGGCGAUGAUCUUACGCCCGCCUCCCACCAGCCGCGGAGGCAUCUACUACUCGUUUCAGCACCUUGAAAGCUAUGGCGGGGAGACGGGGGACGAUGCAGAGGAGGCCGAGGAAACCUUCCGUUAAACCGCAGCCAGGCAAAGCCGGCGUCUCUUCUGAAGAGUGGAGACAAUAAAGGCGGCUCGUUUAUUUUG